AAUGAGGCCAUCCUGGCUUGUUGGUGGCAGCUGUUGCUGUCAAUGCCAGCAGCCAUUUCCUCUCAGACAGAUUUAUCAAGCAGCUCCAGAGUGAGGAUUCUACAUGGGAGGCUGGGAGGAACUUCAACAAGCACCUCUCCAUUAAGUACUUCCGACGACUCAUGGGUGUCCAUCCCGAUUCCAAAUUCCACAUGCCCAAGUACGAAGUCCACCAGAUUCCGGAGAACUUUGAAAUGCCCAAAGAGUUUGACUCCCGAGCUGCCUGGCCGAUGUGCCCCACAAUUGGUGAAAUUCGCGACCAGGGUUCCUGUGGAUCUUGCUGGGCAUUUGGAGCUGUAGAGGUGAUGAGUGACCGGCAGUGUAUCCACAGCAAGGGCAAGAGCAACUUCCACUAUUCUGCAGAAAAUCUUGUGUCCUGUUGCCACCUCUGUGGUUUUGGAUGUAACGGAGGUUUCCCCGGUGCAGCUUUCAAGUACUGGGUGCACAGUGGCAUUGUAUCGGGAGGCUCAUUUAAUUCCACCCAGGGAUGCCAGCCCUAUGAGAUUGCUCCUUGUGAACAUCAUGUCUCAGGACCCAGACCCAAGUGCUCUGAGGGCGGCAGCACCCCAAAAUGUGCCAAGACAUGCGAGAAGGGCUACAUUGUAGACUACGAGAGUGAUCUGCAUCAUGGAGGCAAAGCAUACAGCAUCAUGAAAGAUGAAGACCAAAUCAAGUACGAGAUCAUGAACAACGGACCUGUUGAAGGAGCUUUCACUGUUUAUGUAGACUUCCUUCACUACAAGUCUGGUGUGUACCAGCACCGCCAUGGCUUACCUUUAGGUGGACAUGCCAUCCGUGUCCUUGGGUGGGGCGAAGAGAAUGGCACUCCCUAUUGGCUCUGUGCCAAUUCAUGGAACACCGACUGGGGUGACAAUGGUCUGUUCAAGAUUCUAAGAGGUUCAGAUCACUGUGGCAUUGAGAGUGAAAUUUCAGCUGGGUUGCCUAAGGUGAAUUAAUAACAUGUAUCCUGGCAGUUCAAGUUUCCUGUUGCAUUGUCAAAAGUUAGAAAUUGAUAUUAAUAGCAAAAGUAGGGACAUUCCAAGUGUUAGUCUGGUGUGGAUUCUUCUCAUUUCUUAAAAUGGUCAUUGCAAUUUCUUCAGUACUGUACUCAUAGACUUUGCACUUCAUUAAAAUUCAUUGCCAUGUAUUGUAUUUUGUGUAGCUAAUGGUACCUCUGUGAAGCAAGAUAUUAUGUGAUGUUGAAUAAAAGUUAAGAUAUGUUGCUGAGCUGUGAUAAUGGGUCACAAAAUGUAACACCGCUAACAAAAAAUGAAAUGAAACAUUCCAGGUUAUAUUAACAUUAGUUAAUAUUUCUUUUCUGAUUUUAAUGUUUGUAAACUUGAGAUCAAUGUCUGAUGUUCUGAUAAUAAAUUUAAUUUUACAA